UCAUGCAUGGAUUGAUGAAAAGCACAUGGAAAGAGAAAGAGCUACAAAUAAGCGGAAGAGUAAAAAGAAGAGCGUAUUGGCGCCUGUUACUUUCAAACGACGCAUAUUCCCCCUCGAGCCGCAUAACAUACACAGCUAUGCCAUACAAGUGUUUACCAAAACAAAAGCAAAAAAACGUAUACUCAUGCAUGUAGUUGCGCGCAUGGCGUGAUGCCUUGAACUUGCAAAGCAUUAUUAUUUGCUAAACGGCCAACUCAUUCCUGCGCAAAAGGAAAGAUUCCAAAUCUGUGAUACCUAAAAAGGAAAUCAGGCCCAUUUCGUUAUGGACAUUUGUGCCGUCCCAUUCGUCAGCUUGAAAAGAUAAAAAAAAUAAUUCGUAUGCCCACCAUCCCAGUUAAUGUAACCCCAAGUGGAAACAAAACAACACCAAUUAAGAAGACCCUUUAAAUAUGUAUAACUCGUGGUUUGAAAUCAUUCGGUCCAUUUCGCCCUACAACUGGGCAAUGCUGGGCAUAGCAAUGGCCCUGUUCCUUUCCAUCAUCGGCGCAGCAUGGGGAAUAUUCAUUUGCGGGACGAGCAUAGUGGGAGCCUCGGUGAAGUCCCCACGUAUCAUUUCGAAAAAUUUAAUUUCCAUUAUAUUUUGUGAAGCACUAGGCAUGUAUGGAGUCAUCACCGCAGUUUUUCUUCAAAUUAAAUUUAGCGGACUCAGCAAGGAAGUGCACGCCCCACUGGUGCUAACAACCAAGACGGAUGCACUUAUUAUGAACACCAUCAGAGGGGGAUGGGCCCUGUUUGCAAGUGGUCUCACGGCGGGUCUGUCCAACCUCGUUUCUGGCGUUUCCGUAGGAAUAACGGGCAGCUCAUGCGCCUUGGGAGAUGCACACAAUUCGGAUCUGUUCGUUCGAAUGCUGAUGAUUGAAAUAUGUGCUAGUGUUAUAGGACUUUACGGAUUAAUCGUGGCAAUUGUGUCCAUCGGGGAUAUUCAACUGACUUAA